CGGAAAUUCUCAACAAGAGUACAGGAAGUUCGAUUGUAUCAGCUGAUUAGUGUCUGUAUUUUGAGACCAUAGCAGUUGUUUGACGUAUUUUCCCGAAGUUAAAAAUCAUGGUUUGUGAAAAAUGUGAGAAGAAGCUUGGUAGAGUUAUUACCCCCGACACCUGGAAGGAUGGAGCAAGGAAUACCACAGAGAGUGGUGGGCGCAAGCUGAAUGAAAAUAAGGCUCUCACAUCUAAGAAAGCAAGGUUUGACCCAUACGGAAAGUCUCGUUUCGCCAUCUGCCGGAUCUGCAAGAGUUCUGUCCACCAGUCGGGGUCAAACUAUUGCCAGGGUUGCGCAUACAAGAAAGGUAUCUGUGCGAUGUGUGGAAAGAAGGUUCUGGACACCAAAAACUACAAGCAGACCUCUGUGUGAUUGCAUACUGAUUGCCAUCGUCACCCCCCUCAGGACGGGGGGUGUAUUUUGGAGGUGGUCCCCACUUCCAUCUUCUUGUGCAAGUUCCACUGUGGGCUGUGUGUGUGACACAGCUGUGUGUGUGUGCGCACUGUGUACAUGACUGGGUGAAUCUCCUAAAAGCCCUCUGAUGUUCAGUCUCUCAGAAGCCGACACACACCACCACACUAGAGCCUGCUACUCACGGACUGCUUUCCUAAAGGUUAGCUAUUUCCCGCUGUAACAACUGAAAGAAAAAGUUUGAUAUUUUCAGUACUUGUAAGUGUGCCAGUGAUAUUCUAGAUUCUAGACGAGAGCCAUCUCUUCAUAAAUGGUUGUCAUUUUAUCUUUCAAAGCAAUACGUAGGCUUUAACUGACGGACUGUGAUCAUAAAAUAUAUACGCAAAUGUUAUAGAGACAAUAAAUGGCCAUUUUAGUUUGACUAUGCAGAAUUUUCUUGCUCUUUUAGGCGUGUACAUUUAUCGGUAGGCUUUGCAAAGGAGUGCCGCUCUUUUAAACAUCUAUCCUUUGUGUUUUAAUGCCUAUUUGUUGUGGCUUUAGGAUAUAGGCUAUUCUGUCCUGGCUGGUUAUGAAAUGUGCAGUCGAUCAAUUCCCGCUGUGUUCUUAAUUUCAUUAAGAUUCAUUAAGAUCUUCCCAUGUCUCUCCAGAUAUGUAGUUAGCGAACAUGACUAGAUGCAAAUUCAGCUUAAAAGCUUCCAGAAUUUUAAGGAAAAACGGUCAUUUACUCUACCUUACCUUUUUAAAGAUGGCGGUUUGACAUUUAAAUGUCAGUUCAACCCUGAAGCAAAACCAUGUCCUCCCUCUUGUAUCUGUAUAGGAUUCUGUUUAAGGCAGUCUGAGCCCCCAGGUAAAUAUUUAAAAGCCAAAAGUUACUCGUGAAGCAAUAUUAUUUUAGUUAUACUUUUACAAAUAUCAGGGAUAUCAGUCUCUGAAAAGAUGUAAUUAUUCACUUUGGAUCUGAGGGCACGUUAGAUAUUUCAGCCUUGCAUGUCUACUGCACGAUGGAGAGUACAGGCUGGCUGGGCUUUGCCUUUCAAGAUCACAUUUUUUUAGGCAGUGUUGAAGCUUUUUUUUACUUUUACAACUUAUUUCAAUGUGAAUAUAGCAAAUUAUGUUGAUCCUAUUCGAUGUAAAUCUGAAAUUAAAUUAAAUGAUGUAA